AUGCCUUUCUGGGACGCGGUUCCUCAGCUCUGUGCAGCUGUGGUAGUUUUGGCAACUGGUCAUGUCCUCGGUGAAUUCUACCUCGAUUGGUGGUAUCGUUCCAAAAGUAAUGAUGCCCCCUCAACCGAUUCACUACCGUCUUCACAAAAUUUUGGAAAUCAAGAUCAAACAGACACCAAGAGAGCUCAAGGCUUGGACGUCUAA